AUGCCGGGGAACCGGCAGCCGAAGAUCCGCUCCGGGAACGAGCCUCGUCCCGCGCCUGCCAUGGAGCUGGCGGGUCGCGUGGCCUGGGCCAACAGCCGCGCCGCGCUCGACCGCUUGGAGAACCUGCUGCGCUGCUCGCGCUGCACUAAUAUUCUGAGGGAGCCUGUGUGCUUAGGAGGUUGUGAACAUAUCUUCUGUAGUGAUUGUGUAAGUGACUGCAUUGGAAGUGGAUGUCCUGUGUGUUAUACCCCAGCGUGGAUACAAGAUGUGAAGAUAAAUAGACAGUUGGACAGCAUGAUCCAAAUUUGCAGUAAGCUUCGAAAUUUACUACGUGACAAUAAGCCUUCAGAUUUGAAAGAAGAUACAUCUAAGACAAGUUUAUUUAGUGAUGCAGGAAACAAGAAGAAUUCAAUAAAAAUGUGGUUCAGUCCUCGAAGUAAGAAGGUCAGAUAUGUUGUGAGUAAAGUUUCAGUGCAAACCCAGCCCCAAAUGAUAAAAGAUGCAAAUGCUCAGCAGGCCUCAACGUAUGAGUUUGUUUCAACAAGUCCACCUGUAGAGGUUUCCAAAAAGGCUAGAAAGGCUUCUACAAGAUCUGGAAAAAAGCAAAAGAAGAAAACUUUAGCUGAAAUCAACCAAGAAUGGAAUUUAGAAAAUGAAGAUGGUGAACUUGACUCCAAAGAGGAAUGUAAGGAAAAGCUUGUAUCCUUCUGUAGCCAACCAUCUGUUAUUGCUGCCCCUCUGAUAAAUGGGGAGAUAGACUUACUAGCAAGUGGCUCCAUAACAGAAUAUGAAUGUUUUGGAAGCGUAACUGAAGUCUCUUUACCACUAGCUGAGCAAAUAGAGUCGCCAGACAUUGAGAACCGCAAUGAAGUAGUGACUCCUGAGGGGAAGGUCUGUGAAAAUCAUCUUACACCUAAGAAAGCUUUGUCCUUAGGUCAUAAUGGAAAACGUGGGCCUCUCAACAGACUUUCUAAUCCCAUUUCUAAGAAACAGAGAAACAUUCAGAGCACCAGUGUAGAUUUUGUUAAUCAAAUGAUGCUCUCAGAAAACACACCAUUGCCUGACUGUUGUUCUCCACCUCCAGGCAAACUUGAAGUUGGUGACAUGUUAAGGAGGAAAAACAGUAAUACAUCACAUAAAUCCAUUAGCCUUUCACCAGGUACACUACCUUCCACAUUGAAUAGUUCAAGUUACAGACGAAUGAUGUCUACUCCCUCAACAAUGAAGCUGUUGCCCAAUUGCAUUACGGCUAUGAAAAGAAAUCAUAGAGGAGAGACUUUGCUCCAUAUUGCUUCUAUUAAGGGUGACAUACCAUCUGUUGAAUACCUCUUACAAAAUGGAAGCGACCCAAAUGUUAAAGACCAUGCUGGAUGGACUCCACUGCAUGAAGCCUGCAAUCAUGGGCACCUGAAGGUAGUGGAAUUGUUGCUACAGCAUAAGGCAUUGGUGAAUACCACCGGGUAUCAGAAUGACUCACCACUUCACGAUGCAGUCAAGAAUGAACACAUGGAUAUAGUCAAGCUAUUACUUUCCUAUGGAGCCUCUAGGAAUGCUGUUAACAUAUUUGGUCUGCGGCCUGUGGAUUAUACAGACAAUGAAAAUAUGAAAUCACUGUUGCUGCUCCCAGAGAAGAAUGAAUCAUCCUCAACUAGCCAUGGCUUGGUUAUGAACACCGGGCAGCGUAGGGAUGGACCUCUUGUACUUAUAGGCAGUGGGCUUUCUUCAGAACAACAGAAAAUGCUCAGUGAGCUUACAGCAAUUCUUAAGGCUAAAAAAUGUGCUGAGUUUGACAGUACAGUAACUCAUGUCAUUGUUCCUGGUGACACAGUUCAAAGUACCCUGAAGUGUAUGCUUGGGAUUCUGAAUGGCUGCUGGAUCCUAAAAUUUGAAUGGGUGAAAGCAUGUCUACAGAGAAAAGUGUGUGAACAGGAAGAAAAAUAUGAAAUUCCUGAAGGUCCACAGAGAAGCAGGCUUAACAGAGAACAGCUGUUGCCAAAGCUGUUUGAUGGAUGCUACUUCUAUUUCGGGGGAACCUUCAAGCACCAUCCAAAAGACAAUCUUAUUAAGCUCGUCACUACAGCCGGGGGCCAGGUUCUCAGUAGAAAACCCAAGCCAGACAGUGAUGUAACUCAGACCAUCAAUACAGUUGCGUACCAUGCCCAACCUGACUCUGAUCAGCGCUUCUGCACACAGUAUAUCAUCUAUGAGGAUUUAUCUAAUUAUUGCCCAGAGAGGAUUCGGCAGGGCAAAGUCUGGAUGGCUCCUUCAAGCUGGAUUAUAAACUGUGUGAUGUCCUUUGAGUUGCUGCCUCUCACCAACUGAAUAUCGUACCAGGAGAACACUUCAAAUGGAACUUGCAUGGUUUGUGAGAAGCCAGCCAUCGUGCUGUUUUCAAUAUUCACACUUUUAAAAAUAGGUAGAGUUAUUCAUAUUUUUUCUUUGAAUUAAAAAAAAAAUCUUCUGCCAGAUUAGGAAUUCACUCUUUAUUCACCGUUUAGAUGCUAGAAUUGCUUUUAAGGGUUUUUCUUUUUAAAACUGGCAGCAUAUGUUUUUUGAUUCAUCAUGUUUUUCUAUUCAAAUUAUCAGCUAUCAAAGAUUAAUGAGAGGGUAUCAGAACUGUUAAAUAUACAAGUGGUAUUAUUACUGGUUCAGCAUUGUAAUGUUCUUUGAUGGAAAAAAUCCACACCUGCCACCAACAAAAAUACUUGCCAUCCUUUAGUAAACAGAGAAUAUUGUCAGAAAAUCUAUUCUGGCUUUUUUGUAAUGAAGAGAGUACCUGGUCUAAAUGUGCUACCAUAGGUGUUAAAUUCUUCUCUUAUCUGCCACUAUCUUUAUCUUACUUUGUGAUUUUUUAGUUUCUUUAAUUUACGUGGGUGUCUGUUCCUACAUUUUCAUUCUUUUAAAAAAAUCUUGUGUAUUCAUCAGAAAAUCAUGAUUUGAACCUUAGCACUAUUGUUUUGGAUGGUAAAAAAAUCAACAUUGGGUUCAUGCUACAUAUUUUUAUUGUAUGCAUUUGCUUAUUGUUAAUUAUCAAUUUUUAACUGUUUACGACAUAUGUACAUAUAUACGUAGAUCAUUUUCUCUAACAUAUUUUAGUAUUAAUAUUUCUUAGAAGGUCUCACUAGUCUAGCAAAUGCCAAUCAGAUGUUAAUAUGAGAUUAAGAAGCAGUCUUUUUAAAAUUGACCUUGCUAGGUAUUGCCAAAAUAACUUUUGAAGGUCAUAAUUUCUUGCUUUGUAAAGUUUAAGAUUUUAGGUUGGCGUGGAGGCAGAAAUUGGAGAUCACUUGAUUUAGAACAGAUUUUUUCCAGAUUAUACAAAAGGCCAUAACAGUAAGUGCAGAGGUAGGAGUGGGAAGGUUGACUCCUAAUGCCAAAAUAGUCAAAGUCAUGAGUAGUGGAUAGGACAUCACCUGAGAAUGGCCAGACAUGAGGAGGUUACUUUGGUCUGAGUGUUCUCACUUGUGAAUUGACAAGGAUAGAUUAAAUAAUUCUAAAACACUUUUUCAGAAGCAAAAUUCUUUAAUAACUUCAUAGAAAUUGAACGUACUUGUAAUAUUAACGGCUUGUAGAAGGAGAAACUGUAAGACCGGGAUGUUCAUGAGCCAAAGAGGACAGUUUGGUAACCAGUAGGUUAGAGUAUCCCUAAUUUUAAAAUAUGGAGAGUCCAUGAGGUUAAUCUACAUUUUAAGAUCCACUUAUUUGAAAAUUUGAGAUUCUGCUUAUCAUUUGAAAAUACAUUUUACUUUAAUUCCUUCUAUGAUGUUACUUUUCCAUAUCAAGAAAUGUAUUAUGUGAACAAAAUAAAAUACUUCUUACCCUGAUCUUCCAGGGUUAAUUCUCUCUGAAACACUCUAUAACCAGGAAUGUGUUUGUCCCACAUUUCAUUUUGAUGGAGAAUGUUGAACAUCAUAGCACCAAAGCAUCUGUGGGGUUAGAUAAUAUCUGGAUUAAAUAAUUUAAGACUCUCUGAGAUUUUGGUUGUCAUUUUUGAUUUAUAACUGACUUUAAGUUACUUUCUAUUUCCACAUAGGUCAUAUUCCUAGCGAGAGGGUUUGUUUCUGUUCCUUGUAUCUGAAUUCCUGUUUGUAAAAACAUUUUUGGGGUUUCUUACUCAUUUUUCUUCAUUCAUUUUCUUGGUUUGUCCUUUUUCUCUUUGUGGAUUUUUCCCUCCACUAUUAAGCAGUUUUAUUUUUGGUUUCUUUAAAUAUUUAUUUUGACAGCAGUUGGUUUAUGUUAAGCUCUUGAAACUUGUAAUUGUACUUUCUGUGUAGAUAUACUUGUAAUUGUUUUUUCAAUUAUAGAUUCAUGCUUUCUUUUUAUUUACCUUAAAUCAUUAAAGUUAUUUGUGUUUCCAUA